UUUUCACUCCAACAAGUAGGUGUGAGAUGAUAUGCUUCUAGCAUUGGAUCAGAACAAGCUGAGAAAUCAAGAAUACCCCCAAGGUCCUAUCCCUACACUGUGGAAUGAUCCACCAGAGCUGCCCUCAGGAGGAGGACCCUUAGAAGCCACCACCACAGCCCGCUUCUCCGAUUCUCCAGGAUUCCCGCCUUACACCACCGAUUAUGAACCAGAGGACACGACCCAUCUUCACCAUCUGGAUAAUGGGAACGGGUCUCUGGGUCCUGGAGCCAUUGGUGCCAUAGUAAUUGCUGCUCUGCUGGGCACAUCUGUGAUUGUGGCCUUGAUUGUCAUCACCCUGCGAAAGUUUUCAGCUUCCUGA